AUGAAUGUCACCCACAAGUUCAAGACUGAUGUAUGUAACACGCAAAUAUGGCUGGCCGCUUACGUAUGGUCGAAGAGGGAAUGUGAUAGACAUUUGCAGGUGCUUCGACAGAUGGAUCCUCCCAUCGCUGCUUAUGUUGACAAUAUAGGAUUAGAAAAAUGGGCUCGUCCUUAUUGUGUAGGAGACAGGUACAACAUCAUGACAAACAACGCUGCAGAAAGCCUUAACAACGUGACAGAAGAAUUCCGGGCAUAUCCAAUAACUACUCUAGUUGAGUUCAUAAGGUUCACACUACAAAAUUGGUUUGCUAACCGUCUCGAAAAGGCAAGUAAGUGUGUUACCCCUUUGGCAACUCAUUUUGAGGAAGAUUUGAUAAAGCAACACGAGGAUGGUAGACGUAGAAGUGUCCUACGUAACGGUGCACAAUUGUUUAAUGUUGGAAGAGGUGCUGACGGUUCUGACUUUGUAAAAGGCGGUGAUGUGAACUUAGUUGAGAGAACAUGCACUUGUGGCAUGUUCCAAUUGUUGAAAAUUCCUUGUCCCCAUGCAUGUGCCGCAGCGCUUACUCAGAAUGUCAGUCUCUACGCUCUGUCAUCCCCCUAUUACACAAAGGAGACGUGGAAGAAUACUUACGAUGCAACAAUUAAUCUUGUCGGCGAGGAGGAUGAAUGGGUGCUUCCAGAACACAUGCAGAACAUAAGAAUCGGUGUACCAGUGGAGAAGAAACCUGUAGGUCGUCCAAGAAGGAGCAAUGCAGGAAGAACACGGACUAACCGAUUUCCAUCGAACGGUCAAAAAGUCAAGGAACCACGCAAAUGUUCAAACUGUGGCGCAUUGGGACACAACAAAGCUACAUACAAGGCCAGGGUUUGA